UCAUUUCUUGCAGCAUUGUGUCUAAAUACGUGAGUUUCGUGACAGGGCUCCUCUCCUCACAUCUGUGUCUGGUGCUCGGCGAUCCGUCGCUCGUCACUCGACUCGUCAGUCUCGGUGCGUCGCUCUCAGUUUCCCGCUCAGACCAGAGCAGUGGAGCACCGAUCGCCGAGCGCGAACCAAACGGGUCACGCGCACAUUUACUGCGAUACACGUCGCAAGAAACGGUACAACCAGGGUGUUAAAACGACAGUUCUAUUGUGACGCUUUGACGGUCGGCGGCCCUAUGGUGUUGGGCGUGGAAUCCAUGGACCCGCCCACGAAAUCAGGAGCCAAUCAGGUGGCCGACGUUGUGUUCGUCAUCGAGGGAACCGCGAACCUCGGGCCCUAUUUCGAGUCUAUGAGGAAGCACUACAUACUGCCUGCCAUUGAGUAUUUCAAUGGGGGGCCUCCUGCAGAAACUGACUUUGGAGGAGAUUACGGUGGGACACAGUACAGCUUGGUGGUGUUCAACACGGUGGACUGUGCCCCCGAGUCCUACGUGCAGUGCCACGCCCCCACGAGCUCCGCCUUUGAGUUCGUCACUUGGAUCGACAGUAUCCAGUUCAUGGGCGGUGGGGCAGAGAGCUGCAGCCUCAUCGCCGAGGGCCUCUCGGUGGCUUUGCAGCUCUUUGACGACUUCAAGAAGAUGAGGGAGCAGAUAGGCCAGACCCACAAGGUGUGUGUGCUGCUGUGCAACUCCCCACCGUACCUGCUGCCCGCCGUUGAGAGCGUCAGCUAUACGGGCUGCACCGCGGACAGCCUGGUCCAGAUCAUACGCGACAGAGGCAUACACUUCUCUGUGUUGUCUCCUCGGAAACUGCCCGCGCUGCAGGCCCUCUUUGAGCGAGCUUCGCCUGUGGGUGUGGCUGCAGAGUCUCCACACCCAGACUACAGCCAGGACCCGCGUCACAUGAUCCUGGUACGAGGCAUCGCCCUGCCAGCUGCCCAGGGGGGGGGCUCUGGGGCAGGCCCUCUGAAGCCACCUCAGCCCCUGUCUGUCGGUCAGACCAGUCUCCCUGGAGCCUCCCAGCCUCCUCCAAUCAGCACAGCUCAUCAGUACCAGCCGUCCUCUUCUCUCAGCGCUGCCCAGGUUGCUGCUCAGAAGGCUGUAGAGGCGGCCAACAACCAGAAGAACCUGCGCUUCCCGUCACCUUUCGGUCAGCCAGCACCUCUGCAGUCAGUGAGUGGUGUGAACCUGGUCCCGACGUCUCAACCUAGUCUGGCCACCGUCACCACCAUGUCUGCCCCCAUGCUGAACCAGCAAACACCACCCCCCCCGCAGCAGUCACAGGUUCAGUCUUCUGGGCAGCCCACACCCAAUCAGCAGCCUUCUCAGAUUGCUCAGCCACAGCCGCCCAAUCAGCAGACACCGCCUUCCUCUCAGCCCGGUAUGCCCGGUGUGCCGGCAGGCCAGCUGAGUGCCAAUCCAAUUGGACCGCAGCAAGGAGUAGCCAAUAAGAUCAUGGCCUGGAGCGGGGUGCUCGAGUGGCAAGAGAAGCCAAAGACGACGUCGAUGGAUUCCAACACGAAGUUGACACGGUCGCUGCCCUGCCAGGUGUAUGUCAACCAGGGAGAGAACCUCAAUGCAGACCAGUGGCCCCAGAAGCUCAUCAUGCAGCUCAUCCCUCAGCAACUGCUGACUACACUGGGGCCUCUCUUCAGGAACUCUAGGAUGGUACAGUUCCACUUCACCAACAAGGACAUGGAGUCUCUCAAGGGCCUCUACCGCAUCAUGGCCAAUGGCUUUGCUGGCUGCGUGCACUUCCCCAACAGUGCCCCCUGUGAGGUGCGCGUCCUCAUGCUGCUCUACUCAUCCAAGAAGAAGAUUUUCAUGGGCCUCAUCCCCAACGACCAGAGCGGCUUCGUCAAUGGCAUCCGCCAAGUCAUCACCAACCACAAACAGGUCCAACAGCACCGCACGAUGGGUGCUGCUGGCUCCAUGCCGCAGGGAGCUGUCCCUCCUAACCAGAACUUCCUCAACCGGCCCCCCGGGCCCAUUCCUGUCUCCCAUGGCAACGUCCAGCAGCAGCCAGUAGUUUCGGGGUUACCACCGGUCAGCCAGGUCACCAUGAUGGAUGACCCGCAGAGGCAGUCCAACAUGAUGAGGGCAGCUGCCACAGCCAAUCAGCAACCUCCAGUCUCAGGCGCUCCACCCAAUCAGACAGCGCAGGGUGGCCAAGCUCCACCACAGCCUUCUAUGCAUCGCCUCUCCAAUCCAGGAGCCAAUCCACAGCUGCGCAGCCUCCUGCUCAGCCAGCAGCAGCCGCAAGCGGCCGUGUCCCACAUGCAGCCCGGGAUGAUUCCCCAUCAGGCCCUGGGGCAGCCGCUGGUACAUACCUCACCAGGAGGGGGUGCCCCGCUGCAGGCUCAGUGGAGACAGCCGCUGGCAGGCCAGAUGCUGAUGCCCCCAGGUCAGAGAGGCUCCGUGGCUCCGGGUCCCAGCAUGCCUCAAGUGUCUAGCGUCAUGGAAGAUGAGAUCCUCAUGGACUUGAUCUGAGGCAGUCCUGCCGUGAUGCGCUGUGUGCAGGACAGAGCACGGCAAUACACACAAACACACAGUCUUGCGCGCAUACACACACUUCCUGCCAGCAAGUUACACGCAUGUUUGUUUUGCUGCCUCUUUUGUUCCCCCUUGCAGCAGCUGCUUCCUCGCAGUGCAAUAAAGGCUCGUUUUGUGCAUGAGAACUUGUGCAGAAA